AUGGACCAGGAUAGCGUUGUCAGUGCUCGGAGUGAUAAAAGCGGUAUUAAUCAGCAACAGCAACCUGUUCUUCAGAACUUUUCUGUCCAGAGUCCUGAUCCUAGACAGCAGAUAAAUUAUCCAGCAUCUUCCGCAUUUCCUAGUGAUGUUCCCCGUAAUCAUACCGAAAUACAAGUGCGCGGAAUGACACUUGGCCAAUCUCCUAUGUUUUCCCAGCAAGGGUCUUCUGUUUCCCAGCACCCAGGAUAUAAUUCCAACUGGAAUGUCCCCCAACCGACCAAUCAGCCCUUUCUCCCCUACACUUCACCCACUAUGUUCCCUCCGCAACAAUGCAUGACUAUGAUGGGCUGGUCUGGACCCCCUCCGAUGCCUGGUUGCCAGCCGUCGGCUGCAUUUCCGAUGCAACCACUUGCACCUUCGUCCAACCAAUCCUAUCCUCAAACCCAAUCUAAUCAACCACUUAUUCCAGUGGAUACGAGUGGCAUCACGCCGAAGAUUUCACAUGCGCAUGCUCCGAUAUCCAGCAAUAGGAAUGGGAAUCAACAGAUGGAUCAGUAUGGCCAUGACGAGAACGCAUGGGCUGAGAAUGCCACGGCUGUCACUGGAGCUACCAGUGAGACUGGUCUGAGUGCUGAUAAUAUGUCUCGAUUUGGUGCACGAUAUGGCCUUUUUGCAUCUUUGGGUGUCAACAAUAGUCCAAACUCGUGCGUGGGUGGAGCAGCGGCGGCUCUAAUUCGGACCGAAAUUGACAGUUUCCCCAACCACACAUGCACACGACUCUUUGGGUUUCUGGUCUAUUUCGGACUGGGAUUUUGUUCCAUUUGUUCUCCUGUUCUCAUGGUGAUAUUUCCCUAUCUUCCCUACAUUGGAUGGAGUACAGAUAAGUGCGACCAUACGUGCGAGGGCCAUCUCAUCGGAAUGGCUGUAAAGCUUGCACUGCUAGGUCUAGGAACUUGGAUUCUGACAGCACCUCACUGUCCAAUCUUAAACGGUACUCGAAAGGUCUACCCACGCGUCCGACUGUGGCGAAGCCUCUUUCUCUGCCUCAUAUUCGUCAUUUUAUUUGCAUUUUGGCUCUUCUACAGUGUCCGCAUUCUUCAGCCGCGGAGACGAGACUAUGGUUCGAUCGUCCUUUUCUCUAACAGUCUCUCCGACGCUUUGCUUUUUCUGAAUUUUUCUGGCAUAGCUCUCCUGGAAUUUCAGCGACUUCGCUCUCAAUAUGCGGUUCAUGUAGUCAGAUCGCCUGAUGGAGCUUCAAAAACUUACAGACUAGGAGAGAUGUCGCUUCAAAAGGCAGCUCUGGAAAUUCUACAGAUGUACAUGGUUGAUUUUACUGUGAGUUUAAGGUGA